AUGGCGGACUUUCCUGUAAAAGAAGCAAUGAAGAUGCCUACACAGGGCAAGCGAAAGAGCAGAGGGGAUGAAGACGCAUACCGUCGGCUCGGAGGACCUAUUCACCAGGAACGGCAUGUCAAGAUUGUAUGCGUCGGAGCGGGCGCAUCUGGUCUGCUGUUCGCCUACAAGAUUCAGCGACAUUUCGAGAACGUCGAUCUCACCAUCUAUGAGAAGAACUCCGAGGUCAGCGGGACGUGGUGGGAGAACAAGUAUCCUGGAUGUGCUUGUGACGUUCCAUCGCACAACUACACUUGGUCAUUCGAGCCCAAGCAAGACUGGUCGGCUGUGUACGCUGGCUCGGGCGAGAUCUUCGACUACUUCAACAGCUUCGCUCACAAGUAUCGGUUGCAUAAGUACAUCAAGACUGGGCAUCAGGUUGUUUCAGCGACUUGGGACGACGACCACUGUGGCUACAAGGUCACCGCUAAGGACCUGUCCUCUGGUAACGAAGUGCACGAUACCUGCGACAUCCUGAUCAAUGCCAGCGGGAUCUUGAACAACUGGCGGUGGCCUGCGAUCCCCGGCCUGCACGACUACAAUGGCCCGCUUCUCCACACCGCAAAUUGGGACAGCAGCGUUGAGCUCGAAGGCAAACAUGUCGGCCUCAUCGGAAACGGCUCAUCCGGUAUCCAGGUCCUACCAACUAUCCAACCCAAAGUGAAGCAUGUGACCACCUUCAUCCGAGAGCCGACUUGGGUGUCACCAGUCCAAGGUCUCGAGCAGCACGUCUACACUCCUCAGGAACGCCAGGAUUUCGUCAACAAACCCGGUGCGCUGACUGAAUACCGCAAGGGAAUCGAGACCGGGCUCAAUGGCCAGUUCGGCUUGUUCUUGAAGAACACUACUGUCAACAACGCCACGCACGACUACAUGGUUGGGCAGAUGAAAGAGAAGAUCAACGACGAGCGACUCAUUUCCAAGCUCAUCCCAGAGUGGAGCGUCGGCUGCAGGCGUCUCACGCCUGGUGUCAAUUACCUCGAAUCUUUGACCAAGCCUAACGUCUCGGUUGUCUAUGGUGAGAUCGACAAGAUCACCGAGCGUGGCUGCGUCUGCGACGAUGGCAACGAAUACCCCAUCGACGUUCUGAUCUGUGCUACCGGCUUCGACACCACUUUCAAGCCUCGCUUCCCGCUGAUCGCACCCAACGGGAAGAACUUGCAAGACGAAUGGGCUAAGGAGCCUCGGUCGUACCUUGGUAUCGCCGCUUCAGAGUUCCCGAACUAUCUCGUCUUCCUUGGACCCAACUGUCCGAUCGGCAACGGGCCUGUGCUGUCCGCCAUCGAGCUCCAGGCGGACUACAUGUGCAAGCUCAUCGAUCACUGGCAGACGCACAACAUCAAGAAGUUCUCUCCGAAGAAGGAGGCUGUUGACGACUUCAUCGAUCACAAGAACACCUUCAUGCAACAGACUGUCUGGAACGACCCCUGCCGCUCAUGGUACAAGAGCGGUCAGAUCGAUGCUCCGAUCACUGCGCUGUGGCCUGGCUCAACGCUGCACUACAUCGAGGCUCUGGCCGACCUUCGAAUGGAAGACUUUGAUGUGGAGUACUCUGGCAACCGCUUCAGCUGGUUGGGCAACGGGUACAGCCAGACUGAGUUGGAUCAGACUGCGGACUGGGCUUACUACAUUCGCGAGUAUGAUGACGGGGAGUGGUUGAGCAGGGGUAAGCGGAGAAAGGAUCUGACGAAGAGUGGGACUGUGAAGGGGAGGGAGCAGGUUAACUUUUCGGGGAAGGAUGCUGAGCAACAGAGCAAGCUGUAG